AUGUUGGAAUUGCUGGGAUUUAAAACUUUGGAUGAAAUGACGGACAAAGCUGUACCCGCCAAUAUUAAGUUCAAAGGUGAAUUAGACAUUGAACCUGCCAUAGGAGAAUAUGAACUUUUGCAAAGAAGUCGUGAAAUGGCAGAAAAGAACAAAAUUUGGAGAUCUUAUAUUGGAAUGGGUUAUCAUAAUUGUUGCGUUCCUCAUACAAUAUUGAGAAAUAUUUUUGAAAAUCCUGGAUGGACUACUCAGUAUACUCCUUAUCAACCUGAAGUAGCUCAGGGAAGAUUGGAAAGUCUUUUAAACUAUCAAACAAUGAUUUCUGACUUGACUGGUUUAGAAGUUGCUAAUGCUUCAUUGUUGGACGAAGGUACAGCAGCAGCAGAAGCCAUGACUCUAUGUCACAGACAAAACAAACGGUUGAAGGUUUUCCUUUCUGAGAAACUGCAUCCACAAACAGCAUCCCUUGUUCAAACUAGAUGUGAUUCUUUAAACAUCCAAGUUCACAUAGGAGAUUUAAAAACUGCUGAUUUUUCUAAUAGAGAUUAUGCUGCAGUACUUGUUCAAUAUCCAAACACUGAUGGAACAAUCGAGGAUUAUGUAGAUAUUGUUGAAAAAGCUCAUUCUCACGGCACUCUCGCCGUUUGUGCCACCGAUUUACUCGCUCUUACAAUUCUAAGGCCACCAAGUGAAUUUGAUGUUGAUAUUGCCAUUGGAACCUCACAAAGAUUUGGUGUUUCAUUAAAUUACGGAGGUCCUCAUGCAGGAUUUUUUGCCUGUAAACAGAAUUUAGUAAGACUUAUGCCUGGAAGAAUGAUUGGAGUUACAAGAGAUUCGAGUGGCAACGAUGCGUACAGAUUAGCUCUUCAAACACGAGAACAACAUAUUCGAAGAGACAAAGCAACAUCAAACAUUUGUACAGCUCAAGCUUUGUUGGCAAACAUGUCUGCUAUGUAUGCAGUUUAUCACGGACCGGAAGGAUUAAAAAAUAUAGCCAACAGAGUGCACGGAGCUACUCUUAUUUUAAGUGCAGGGUUGAAAAAAAGAGGUCAUAAAGUUUUGAAUCCUUUAUUUUUUGACACAAUCAAAGUUGAGCCGAUAUUGAAUAUGUUUGAAAUACAAGAUAGAGCAGCUCAAAAAAAAAUAAAUUUAAGGUAUUUUGAUGACGACACAAUAGGAAUCGCUUUAGACGAAACAGUAGGAACGAACGAUAUUCAAGAUUUGUUUUAUAUUUUUGGCGUAAAAGAAACCGUCAACGAGGUUUCUGCCAAAGUAAAUGAAACGGAAAAAUCAAUUCUCGAUACGCCAAUGAAACGAACUUCACCUUUUCUUACGCAUUAUAUAUUUAAUAGCCGACAUUCUGAAUCAAAAAUAGUCAGGUACAUGAAACAAUUGGAAAAUAAAGAUGUGUCGUUGGUGCACUCGAUGAUUCCUUUGGGAUCUUGUACUAUGAAAUUAAACAGCACAACUGAAAUGAUUCCAUGCAGUUUCCCACAUUUUGCUGAUCUGCAUCCAUUUGCUCCUUUGGAUCAAACUGAAGGCUACCAGCAACUUUUUAAAGAAUUAGAAAAAGAUCUUUGUGCUGUGACCGGCUAUGAAAAAAUUUCAUUUCAACCGAAUAGUGGAGCACAAGGAGAAUAUGCAGGUCUUCGAGCCAUUCAAAGUUAUCACGAAUCCAAAGGUGAAGGAAGCAGAAACAUUUGUUUAAUUCCAAUUUCUGCUCAUGGAACAAAUCCUGCAAGUGCACAGAUGGCAGGAAUGAAAGUAGAACCUGUGAACAUAGCACGAGAUGGUACUAUUGACAUAAUCCAAUUGAAAGAAAAGGUUGAUCAAUUCAAAGAUGUUUUAUCAUGUUUAAUGAUUACUUAUCCAUCAACAAAUGGCAUGUUCGAAGAAUCAAUUGCAGAUGUUUGUGAUAUAAUUCAUAAAAAUGGAGGUCAGGUGUAUUUGGAUGGUGCCAACAUGAAUGCUCAAGUAGGUUUAUGUCGACCAGGUGAUUAUGGAUCCGAUGUCUCUCAUUUAAAUUUACACAAAACAUUUUGUAUUCCUCACGGAGGUGGAGGACCUGGUGUGGGUCCCAUUGGAGUCAAAGCACAUUUAGCUCCUUUUCUUCCUUCACAUCCAGUUGUUAAUCCCUUGGGAGAAUCUGGAACUAAAACAAAAUCUUUUGGAGUCGUUAGUGCUGCACCUUUUGGCUCCAGUGCUAUUCUACCCAUAUCCUGGGCUUACAUAAAGAUGAUGGGUGGUAAAGGUUUAAAAAAGGCUACACAAGUUGCUAUACUUAAUGCAAACUACAUGUCUAAAAAAUUAGAAAAUCAUUACAAAACUCUUUUCAAAUCACCCAAAACGAAUAUGUGUGCUCACGAAUUUAUUAUAGAUUUAAGAGAAAUGAAAAAAACAGCCGGAAUAGAACCUGUUGAUGUUGCUAAAAGGUUGAUGGAUUACGGUUUUCACGCACCCACAAUGAGUUGGCCGGUUCCAGGUACUUUAAUGGUUGAACCAACUGAAUCUGAAGACAAAGAAGAAUUGGACAGAUUCUGCGAAUCUCUUAUAUGCAUUAGACAAGAAAUCCGUGAUAUAGAAGAUGGUAAAAUGGAUCCAAGAACAAAUCCUUUAAAAAUGGCGCCUCACACGCAACAACAAGUUAUUUCAUCGGAUUGGAAUAGACCGUAUACAAGAGAACAAGCAGCUUUUCCUGCGCCAUUUGUAAAAGGAGAAACGAAAAUAUGGCCGACCUGUGGAAGAAUUGAUGAUGCUUACGGUGACAAACAUCUUGUAUGUACUUGCCCCCCAAUAUUACCGGAUUACACCCCAUCUUGA